UUUAACGUUUCACAUUCAGGAUUGUUGGGCAAUGUGAGGGCAAGUAGCACAGUUGAGGUAUUAACACCCCGGCCCUCCAAGUACAGCCGCGGACUCCACACAGUCUUCAGCACGGCCUUCAGGUCUCCUGGGAUCUGCUUGGAGAUUAGGGCAUAAUGCAUGUCUUAAAUUAGAUGCUGCAGCAGACUGAUGGCGUCUAUAGCAGUGAGCCCUCCAACCAGCCUGGUGACAGACAAGGUCGACAUCCGAGUCACUGGUCUGGGGAAGCAGCAGCCCGUUACUCUCACUGCUGCAGUACAAUAUUCCAGGGAUGCCCAGUUCCAGUCCCACGCCCACUACGCAGCCGACAGCUCUGGAAGCGUGGUUUGCAGCAGGCAUGCAGCAGUUGGGGGUUCUUUCUCAGGUGUUGAGCAGAUGGGUCUGUUGUGGAGUCUGCAGCCUGCAGCAGCUCAGCGGGUGAAACGUAUGAUUCCCAGGGACGUCACCAAACCGCUGGAGGUGCAACUGUGCGUGUACGAUGGACACAUCGACACAAGGAGGGGACAGGACGGAGUGCCAGCACCACUUGCCUCCUGUGUGGUGGAGAGGAGGUUUAUUCGAGAUGGCGUCAGGAGGAUAGUUGUGCGGGAGGGCCGGGUUAGAGGAGUGCUGUACCUUCCUGAAGAGGAGGGUCCUUUCCCCGGGGUGAUUGACAUGUACGGCUCGGGCGCUAACUUCGAGCACCGCGCCGCCCUGCUCAGCUGCCAGGGCUUUGCUGCCUUCAGGCUCAUGUACUGCAACUUCGACGACCUGCCCAAGGCCGAGACCCACCUCGAUUCUGAGUAUUUUACGGAUGCCGUGGAUUGGUUCAGCAGCCACUCCCUGGUGCAGCCCGGGGGGGUGGGGGUGGUCGGGACAUCCUUCGGGGGGUUGCUGGCACUCAUCAUGGGCACUCUUACGGACAAGAUAAAUGCAAUUGUAUGGCUGAACGGUUUUUCUGCCAUGCCAGUCUCAACUCAGUUCAACUACAAGGGCAAGAUCCUUCCCACCCUGGGGUUUGAUAUAUCAAGGGUGAAAGUUAUGGAGGAAGGACACCUGUACAUUCUGGAUACGGUGGAUGAUCUCGCUCUGGAGCCAGAGAAGUGCAUACAGGUGGAAACAAUCGCAUGUCCAGUCCUGUUUGUGGUCUCAGAGGAUGACAAAAACUUGAGAAGUGACAAGAUGGCCGAGCAGGCCAUAGCCCGGAUGGAGGCCCAUGGGAAAACCAACCAUCAGCUGCUUGCCUACCCCGGCGCAGGGCAUCUCCUAGAGCCUCCCUACAUGCCGCACUGCAAGAUUUCCUUCCACCCCAUCCCAGGUGCAGAGGUGGAUUGGGGAGGGGAGACCAGAGCCCACUGUGCAGCCCAGGAGGACCUCUGGCCCAGAAUGAUCGCCUUUCUCAGGAACAGCAGGCUGCACAGCCAGCUUUGACCUCAGAUAAUGAAAAUGAGACCGUGAAACAAUAGUUUUUACCAUAAGAUUAAGAAUCUCAGGAUGGCUCCCUACAUGCUGAAAUGGCUGCCUGCUGAUGGCGUGAAACAGGCAGCAGACAAGGCAAAACCAAACCGGAUGUUUAAGGCUGAUUCCGCAUGUCAAUGGCAGUUUCAAUGGACAGGUUCAACAACUGCACGUUUGGCUCCAAGAACAUUAUAGUAUAUUAUCAUUGCCAUCAUAAUAUCUGUCUGUA